AUGAGACUUUCGAGCAUCUGAGGAGAACUUGAACGCAGCAUUAACCAGUCAGUCAGCAGUGGAGGUUCAUUUACUCUCAAAGACUUCUGCUACAAAGUGUCCGGACACAAUAACGACACAGGGGUCCUAAAGUGGAGCAUUAAAGCCCAGGUGAUAGUGCAGAUUUCUGGGACCAGAGUGAAGUCCAGACUGGAGGAAACAUGUCCACAGAUCAGGAGCCGACGUUCACAGUGAAGCUGCUGCAGCUGCUGCUGCUCUCCACCUACUGGGGGAUGCAGAUCUGGGUCACCUUUAUUUCAAGUUUUGUGAUGGACAACCACCUGAACAGACACACGUACGGCUUCAUCCAGAGCCGUCUCGUACCGUUCUACCUCCACCUGGGAUCAGCCUGUGCCUUCAUUAACCUCACCAUUUUCGCUGUGUAUCAUCCCAGCGAGCUGUUGGACGACAGAGAGGCCUUCCAGAUCUUCAUCUUCUUCGUGUCGGUGACUGUGGCGGCUGUAAACGCUCAGUGGUUCGGCCAGAUGACAUCAGAGAUCAUGGCAGACAUGCACCUGAUCGAGCAGGCGUGCGGUUUGGGUCAAGACAUCGGGCUGUCAUCGAACAGAGAAGCUUACGCCAAGCUGUGUGAGACAGACGUGAAGUACCGACACCUGAGCAGCCGUCUGUGGCUCUACAGAUUUCUGUCGUCGCUCUGUAACCUCUGCUGCAUCGGCUGCAACUUCUACAGCCUCUGCUUCAUGGCCGAGAACCUGAGCACACUCUGAGACUGACACACAGCAGCCGGACUGCCACCACAAAUCACUCCCUCGUAACACUUGUUCUUUUAUAUCAAAGUGGUAAGUUAUAUAUUUAAGUCUGUCCCUCUCUCUGUGCCUUAUUUGAUACAAUUCAUGAUGUUAUGUACCUCAGGGAAUAAUGAAAGAACAGCAUCCAUGCUCACACUUUGGGAGACAAAUCUGUUUGUGCAGUGAGUCAUGUGUCACCUUUCACCCAGUAUGUGUGUGAGCCUGCUGGCACCCUUGAGUUCUCUCUUUACCAUAAACUUCAGGAGGAGGAUUUUAAUACCUUUGUAUUUGUAGGAGCAGAACCCGUUCCAAUGCUCUGCACCUUUUUGUAUGUAACACACAGAAAGACACCUUAAAGGACACAGCCCCACACUGAUCAGUCCUGCUUGGCUUGUUUGGUUGGAGUUUUAAAACCUCCUGUGCAGCGCUGUGUCACAGGUUUGUCCGGCUCUCCUUCAGCUCUCCUGCUUUCUGCAGGUAUGAAGGCAGAGUUUAAACAGCUCCAGCUCAUUGAUCUGCAUGUUUUAAGAUUUGUUUUGCACAGCAACAGCUCCUACGAUGGUCACAUUUCCAACAGCUUCAGUGUUCUAGAGAGUUUUAGAUCAAAAUGUCAAAACAACAAGGACACUACAAAGACCAUGUCACUGUGUGUCAACACAGUGUAAACGCAAACACAAUGCAAUACACACUUUUUUAAAACCCUUAACCUCCGGCCAGUUUUAAUGGAUCUUAAAUUAAAAAGACAGUUUUGUUCAUGAACAUAUGGAAGCUUUAUUUAGAUGUGAAAUCAUGGAAGUCCGUUUAAACGGAGUUGGAUCAUAUUUAUUUCAGUCUCUUAUCAUGUUGGAGAUAAUGGGUUUUAACUGUUGUUGUGGGUUUGAGUGAAACUGAGUGUACUGCUCAGGUCACAGAUCGGUACAGUUAGUGGGGUUUAAAGGUGGAUUGUUUCUACAUAUAUGAUCUGUUUUUGUAUUAAAACAUGGUAUCUUU